UGACCAGCCAUGUCCAAGUUGCUAGUGCUGUGUGUUUUGGUUUUUGGUGGCGCGAUGGCCAUUGGCCUUCCUUCGGAGGCGCUUGACAGCUCGCGUCCCGUUUCCCGGAUUGCCGGCGGCGAACUCGUAGAUCCGCAGGCCAUCCCCUACAUUGUCGGUAUUCUGAUUUCCGGUUCCUCCCGUCACUCGUUCUGUGCUGGCAUUCUAAUUUCCCCAACGCACGUCCUCACGACAGCCGGAUGUGUCUCGAGCAACCCCACACUAACGGUUCUGCUCGGCGCCAGUGAUAUGACCCGUAUCCAGCAGUUCAUCGGUGUGACGAACAUUCUCGUACACCCCAACUACAGCUCACUGCUCAACCGAGAUGAUCUUGCCAUCCUUACGAUGGACCGUCCGACGCCAUUGAACGAAUACAUCCAGGUAGCCAACCUGCCCCGCUGGUCGCAUAUGGGCAACACCUUCAACGGGUUCGGUACCACCGUAAGCGGCUGGGGCAACACAGGUAAUCGCGACAACGAACCCAUCCCGAUUCUGAACCUGCACUACAUCAGGACUCCUGUCGUCAGCAACACCGUGUGUGGUUUGUCCCACAACUUCAUUCGCGAUGACCACAUCUGCACUUCCGGCGACGCGGGUGGCCCAUGUGACGGUGAUGAUGGCGGCCCCGUGACGAUCACGGAAGCCGGUGAAACGAUCGUGAUUGGAAUGCAUUCCUUCCACUACAGCGGCCUAUUCGGAUGUGACCGUGGCCGAUCGGCCGUUCACGUGCGCCUCAGCAAUUACCUCAACUGGAUCGGGGCUAACUCAGACGCCGUAAUCAGGAACUAA